AUGGUGCAUCUGACCCCGCUCAUCUUCUUGAGCCUCGCCAUGGCCGCCGUGGUGGGUGUUUGGGGUGUCUUUACCUGGAAUGGAGGUUUUGACGAGAUGGACGGCAUCGUGGCUAGCCAUCCAUCGACAGGGAUUCUCGGGCUGCAACACUGCCCCGAUCUAGAUCGUGGCCUCAUGUCGAUGGUUGCGUUCAAUCUCCCUGUCGUUGGCCGCAAUCCCAUCUUCCCCGCUGGGCGCCGGUUUAUGGUGCAGUUUCUCGCCAAUGUGGCUGUCAUCCCCGUUAUCCUGAAUACGGAGGGGGCCCGAGCGGAACCAGGCAGCUUGGCACGGUAUUCUACCGCGUGGGGGCUGUUCUCGCAGAUGGCCACCUCGGCGGUGAUGUGUCCGCUGUAUGGCUUCUGGUUUGUGCGACAGUCCAGUGCGAAGAAGCAAACGGAGGGUUGCACUCUUCGCCCUCUUCCACCCAACAAGUGGGUGGUACCCUCCAGCGUACUCAUUGGCUAUGGGAUUCCGGCCUUGCUGUCGUUCGACCCAUUCCAGUGGGGCCUCGACCUGCACAUCCGGGGGAUCCUGGCUUUUACGCUAUAUCCUCUGUGCAUCUCUCUGACAGCACGCCUGAUGAGGAACGUGAGCAAGGAGUGGGGCAGAUCCUUGAGCCCCGAGUGGAACUCGACCAUCGGGUAUGUCGCGGUGGGGGUCGUGGGCAUGGUCAGUCAUCUGUGGUAUCUCGGGACGGGCCUUACAGGAUCUUCACUUUGGGGUAACGCUGUCAGUUCCGUGGCGGGACCCGCCGAGGUCGGGAGAGCCGCUCAGCUCGUGCUCUUAUUCCUACAGAUCGACUAUGUGAUUACCUUUGCAGCCAUGUUGCUCCUGGCCUGGCACGAACUGACCCGGCAUCAGCUUGUGCGGUCGUGGCGGGCGGCGGGCACAUUGGCAGUUGGGUGGCUAUUCCUCGGGCCAGGGGCAACGCUCGCGGCGGCGUGGGCUCUGCGUGAACAGUGGCUUUCUAGGCCACGGGGCUUUCGAGGAGAGAUUACGCAGAAGCCGAAAUAA